UACAAAAGCAUAACACUGUGAUUAUUCAUCUUUUAUUACUCCGUAUAAUCGUCAUUUCUCUCCAGAUAUUUCUAAUUAAGUUGCGCUACUUGAGACCAUGUCCUUUUUUCGGCGUCGUGGGUCUUCUCAGCAACAGCAAGAGCAGGAACCUUCUGAGCUGCAAACCGAAUCAAAGGUCAAUGAGCUUAAAGCUGCUCUUGGACCCCUUUCUGGACGUUGCUCAUUGUACUGCACUGAUGCAUGCCUGAAAAGAUACUUGGAAGCCCGGAACUGGAACGUGGACAAAGCAAAAAAGAUGUUGGAAGAAACUCUUGCUUGGAGAUCAACAUAUAAACCUGAAGAAAUCCGUUGGACUGAAGUUGCAGUUGAAGGUGAAACCGGGAAACUAUUCAGAGCAAAUUUCCGAGACCGAGUUGGAAGGACUGUCCUGGUAUUGAAACCAGGAUUGCAGAAUACAACAUCAAUGGACAACCAGAUCAAACAUCUUGUGUACCUGAUGGAAAAUGCUAUGCUUAAUCUUCCAGAAGGUCAGGAGGAGAUGGCAUGGUUGAUAGACUUCACCGGAUGGUCAUUUAGUACCAACGUACCAAUUAGAACUGCUAGGGACACUAUCAAUAUACUGCAAGACCAUUAUCCUCAAAGGCUAGCUGUGGCAUUUUUGUAUGCUCCACCACGGAUCUUUGAAACAUUUUGGAAGGUAGUUAAAUAUUUUAUGGACCCAAAAACAACCCAGAAGGUGAAAUUUGUGUACCCAAAGAACAAAGAGAGCGUAGAGCUAAUGCAAUCAUAUUUUGAUGUGGAUAACCUCCCAACUGAGUUUGGUGGAAAAGCAACCAUGAAGUAUGACCAUGAAGAUUUUUCAAGAUUAAUGGCUCAAGAUGACGUGAAAGCUGCUAAAUUCUGGGGGUUUGAUGACAAAAAUUCUUCUGCAACCACCGGCUAUGCUGCUAGUGCAGUAGUGGCUCCAGAGCCAGAUAGUUUAUGAGCCCGCAAACCAACUGAAAGUGAAAUAUUAUAGCUAAUUAAGUGGUCUGGUUGACCCACAGCUAGAUGGUUAGUUGACUAUUACAUCAAUGAUGGCUUGACCCCAAUUGGUGAUGUCCUCCCUGCUAAUUUUGCUUCUGAUCCUUGAGUGUCUGUCUUUUGUAUUUUGAUAACAUUUGAUAACGAUAAACUUCAUUGCGGAACUUUGGUCCUCCGUUUGCAUGUUUCCGCAUACAACUUCCAUCCUGAUCAAACUGGGUAGGAUUAUAACUAGAGGUUGCCAGUCAAAACAUACCCUUUCUCAUAAGGGUCAAAUAGGUCCAGGUCUGGUACGAUGACACUUUUAUUUUUAUUUCUGGUUUGGUUAAAGUUGACACU